CCCGGGUCGGUCGUUACAAGGAAUGGCCCUCUCUGAUUGGUGGCAAGCUGAGGACGGGUUUCCUUGAUGGCGAUAGGACGGAGGUCAUUAUUUAUCCAACCUUCCACUUUACGCUUCUCUUCACCCCCUGUUCGCCGCCAUCUCCACAAUCAGCGCAUAAAUAUGAACUUCAACGAGCCCACAGAAGCUCUAACUCCGCCCCUGGGCGCCGCCUUUUCGGACGAAAACCGAGAGUUUGACAUGGAUCAUUUUCUGAACGUCAUCGCAACCGAGAUCGUUGACGAAAAGGAAGAAGAGGAGCCGAGCCGCCUGAGCUUGGUCGGACAGCGUUUGCUGCUCCGUGCACCGGCGGCACAUAUGAGACAGCGGAGCAGGCUCGAGCUGCGUGCACUGAGUACGCCCACAACGUUGGGUUUGAAAUCAGGAAUAACACUUCAAAGAAACUUGCAUCCGGCGUUGUCAAACCUCGUGAUAAGAAGAAAGCAGAUGCAGACAACCAAGACCCUGUGUUGCGACGCACCCGGAGCACCAUCAAAACCGGGUGCGGUGCCCACAUCCGCAUUCAUCGAGAUUAUAGCGCUGGAGCUAUCACCUUGAAGGUUGGGCGCGCUGUUCAUGAGCACAACCACGAGCUUCUGACCCCCAAACAGCGAGCCGUGCUUUGGCGGGAGGUUCCCGCUGGGAACCGUGCCACUUUGCUUGAAUUUGAGGCAGCAAACAUUCUGAUCUGUGAAAUGAUGGCAAUUCUUGUAACCCAUCGCAGGACGACCGUCCCGCGCCUUGGGUACACAGCUCGCGAUGUGCGCAACUUCCUCGUGCGCAAUCGCCAGUACAAGAUUGCCAACCACGCUCUUGAUAUGCUUGCUGCGUUCAAAGCCGAGCAAGACAGCCAAACAUUUCGGCUGGCAUGACGACAACACAGCGCUUAGAGUCACUUAACGCAUACGUGAAGUGAUUUCCUCAUGCACGCAUGACCCUUUGAAUAUUUUUUGGCGUCAUCAAGAUGGCUUGGGAGGGACGAUACUGGGCAAAAACGGUCGCAGCUGUCAGGAAUGAUGUGUACGCGACGACGGUGAUGAAGCAGCAGCUAGCGCGCACGCUGACCAGGUACGCAUUCCUGAAGAGCCAGGAGCAGAUGCUCCUCGGAAACGCAUAUAUCUGCGAAGGAGAUUUUGUUUUGCGUGCCUUCUUGCACCAUGCCAAGCCGUGCAGAAUCUCUCGCGUUGGAGACGUGCACUUCUGCAGCUGCGGAAUGUUGAGAUGUCUGGAAUCAUCAACGUCAACAAUCUUUUUGAGCUCGCGGAUGGGUAUUUGGCGUCGCGUUGCAUCUUAUGAAGGUCUUCCCCUGGGCGCAAUCAACCCUGCUGUUGUCGGAGAGUCGCAGAACGACGUCAUCGAGAAAGACGACGCUGUCAUGACUCCUAUCACAAAUCCUGCGAUGGCAUGUGCAAAAGGACGAACCCGCACCAAACGAUCGAAGAAUGCGCUCGAGCAACCACGGAAACGUCGCUGUGGCCAAUGCCGGCAGCUGGGACAGAAGCGAAACAUAUGCACGUGUCGCACCGAGGCUGAGGACUUUAAGAACGCCUUCGAGAAUGUUGAAAACGCCGUCGUUGACAAGCCCCAAGACCCAAAAGAGAUAGUAGAUAUGUAGAGCACGCAGAAUUCCUUCUUGGAAACAAAACAACAAUAGAUUAAACGAGAUCGGACUUCUGUGGACCCUCACAGCGUGUACUGAGGCGGCAAGAUUUUACUGGGUGAAUCCCUAUUAUGUAGCUUAGAAACUGACCAAUCACAAGUGGCCGUUCCUUGUAACGACCGACCCGGGGUCGUUCUAUACCAUUUUCCUUAACCAAAUGACAUGUAGUUUAGUUGUUCACAAGUCUUACAGCAAAGUAUACUUAU